GCUAUUCAAUUUCAUUCUUAAAAAGGCACUCUCUUUAGUUCACGCCAUUUGCAUUCCUAUUUUCCCUUCAAUCUGCAGAGUAUAGCGUAAAUGGCGAAGGAGAUUUUAUACUUGGAGUUGAACACAGGGGCCAAAAUUCCAUCGGUUGGACUUGGCACGUGGCAGUCGGAGCCCGGCGUUGUCGGUCAAGCUGUUGAAGCUGCCAUCAAGACUGGGUACCGCCACAUCGACUGUGCUCGAGCUUAUAACAAUGAGAAGGAGAUUGGUGCUGUUCUGAAGAAGUUGUUUGAUAAUGGAUUUGUAAAGCGGGAGGACUUGUUUAUUACCUCCAAGCUCUGGUGUACUGACCAUGCACCAGAAGAUGUACCUGUGGCAUUAGGCAAAACACUGGAAGAGUUGCAACUUGAAUAUGUUGAUUUAUACCUGAUUCAUUGGCCUGUUAGGAUGGCAAAGGGCUCUGUUGGCUUUGAGCCAGAAAACCUUCGGCCUUCGGAUAUACCUAGCACAUGGAAGGCUAUGGAAGCACUAUAUGAUUCUGGGAAAGCCCGAGCUAUUGGGGUUAGCAACUUCUCUACGAAAAAGCUGGGUGAUCUACUGAGUGUAGCGCGCAUUCCUCCAGCUGUCAACCAAGUUGAGUGCCAUCCCUCGUGGCAGCAGCCUAAACUACACGAGUUCUGUAAAUCUAAGGGUGUCCACCUAUCUGGCUAUUCACCACUGGGUUCUCCAGGCUCAACCUGGCUUAAAAGCGAAGUCCUCAAGCAUCCUGUUUUAGUUUCCAGUGCAGCGAAGUUGGGCAAGACUCCAGCUCAGGUUGCACUCCGUUGGGGACUGCAAAUGGGUCACAGCGUACUUCCAAAGAGCACGAAUGAAUCAAGGAUUAAGGAGAACUUUGAUGUUUUCAAAUGGUCCAUACCAGAUGAUUUGUUUGCCAAGUUCUCUGAAAUCCAGCAGGCAAGAUUGCUUAGGGGCUCCGGGUUCGUCCAUGAGAAACUCAGUGAAUACAAAACCUUUGAAGAUCUUUGGGAUGGAGAGAUCUAAGCAUUGUUCUACUUACUUUCUUGCAUUUCUAUCCCAUUAAACCCUUGUUACCUGAAACUGCGCAACUUGGUGUUUUUUGAAUAAAUAUCAUCAUCUCUUGCUAUUA